AUGUCAAAUUUUAAUUUUGAGAUCCCAAAAAAUAACAAUCCCGUUUGGCCAAUCAUUAUGGAAACUGGUGAAAAAACAAAUGGCGAGGAAGCUAAAAAAAUUAAACAAUUGAUACGAAGUGCCAACGCAAAUCAAGAUGUUGUGCCUCUUUAUCAGGUCCCGUUUCCUCCAGAAUUAAAAGCGGAAGAUCUAAUAGGUCUCAGCAAUAAUUCAAAAGAAAAACGAAAAGCACCUAACCAAUUCUUUAUAUAUAGAAAAUGGUAUACCAUCUGUAAUGCAAAUAAAGGAAAUGCGCAAACAGCAAUUUCUCCUUACAUUAGUAUUCAAUGGAAGAAAGAGCCUCCACAUGUAAAGGCUUAUUAUAAAAAAUUGGCUGUGAAGGCGAGUCGAUUGUUCAAAAGUAUAUAUGGAGAAGUUGGAAUAUGCAUUAAAAAUUCAACAAAUGUAAAAAAAUCAAAGGUCAAAAAAAACAAUAAGAUACAAAACCAAAAAUCACCUAAAAUACAACCAAAAAAUAAAAAUGAAGAUGAACAUAAAAAAUUUGACUCAACUACCCAAGCUUUAUUAAUAUCUACAAAUUCAAUACCUCCAAACUCAACCCCUAUAGCUCCAUGUUUAUCAUUAAAUCCCGAAGCUGCUUCAUACCCAUCUCCGUCUCCAGAAUCUUAUGUUUCAUAUUUAUCCCCAGAAUCUUCAAGUGUUUCAUAUUUAUCUCCACCUCCAGAAUCUUCAAGUGCUUCAUAUUUAUCCACAGAGCCUUCAAGUGCUUCAUAUUUAUCCCCAGAAUCUUCACAUUUAUCUCCCGAAUCUCUAUAUGUUCAAUUCGAACCUUCUUCACAUCCAGAAUCUUUAUCUCCCAGAUCUCUAUAUGUUCAAUCCGAACCUUCUUCAUAUUCAGAAUCUUCAUAUCCAGAAUCUUCAUAUCCAGAAUCUUCAUAUCCAGAAUCUUCAUAUUCAGAAUCUUCAUAUCCAGAAUCUUCAUAUUCAGAAUCUUCAUAUCUAGAAUCCUCAUAUCUAGAACCUUCAUAUCAAGAAUCUUCAUAUCUAUAUACUCCUCAGCAAUAUGAAACAUAUAAUCACAUGUCGAAUACCAAUCAUUUAAAUUCUAUUCAAAAUGCUCUUAAAGUACUUGCUAGCCCUGAACAUCCUAGUGUACGUGCAACUGCCCGAAUAUUUGGAAUAGCAGAGGCAACUCUUAGUCGCCUUGUCAGAAGUACGUGCGCAAAUGAUCAUUCAUCAAAUAAUUUAAGAGCAUUCAAAAGAUGCUCGCCAGGUCUGUUGACUGGAGCUCCGACUGGUAGUGUUAUCUCCGGUAAAGGCUGUGAUGAGCUGUAUAGUAGUAGUGUUGAGCUAGCAACAAACGCACAUUUUCUAAGGUAUUUGGACAAGAAACUUAAACAAUUAUUAACACCUACAUAUAAAGCUACAGAAAUCUGGCCUUUUAAUUCUGAUGCAAUUAGUUCCGAUCGUUUUGAUUCUUCGUUAGUGACUGAGCGACUUGAAUUACCUUCAGAAAUAGACGAUAUAUCUCCAGAAAUCGACGAAGUACCUCCAGAAACCGAUGAAGCAUCUCCAGAAAUAGAUGAUGUACUUCCAGAAAUAUCUAACCAACCCAUAUAUAUUCUACUCGAGCUAGCAUUGUUAGGAAGAUAG